AUGACAGAGGUAGACCCUCCUAACGCAACCAGAGCUCCUGAGAGCGAUGCUGCUGCUGCUGCUGCUGCUGCUGCUGCUGCUGCUCCUGCUACUACCCCUACCGCUGCCAGCGCCGAUGCAAGCAAAGCUGCCGCUGAACCCAUAAUCCCCGGCGACACCCCAGCUCAGACCGGCCCGACCAUGGGCGAACACUGUGUGACGGACAGACCAAGUCCUUCUGGCAAGAGUGGAUCUGGCGAGACCAGGAAACUAGGCGGCGUCGAUACGUACAUCUCAAAGCCCAGCGAGUACCCGCACGCGCCCGCCAGGCUCCUCCUGCUCCUGACGGGCGGCACCGGCAUCCAAUCCACCAACAACCAGAUCCAGGCCGACAAGUUCGCCACCGAGGGCUUCCUCGUGGUGAUGCCCGACCUGUUCGAGGGUGACGCCUUCCCUAACGCCGCCACGGCCCCUGAGGAAGGCCUCUCGCUCCUCGACCAGAUCAAGCUCAAGGCCGCCGAGGCCGCCAAGAGCUUCAUGAUCGACAUGUGGUCCGCCCGCCACACCGAAGAGAAGGUCAUGCCCAUCCUGCACAAGGUCAUCGACGCCUGCAAGGACGAGUUUGCCGACGCCAUAUCGCACGGCAGUGGCAUCUACGCAGCCGGCUACUGCUUCGGUGGCAGAUAUGUCAUCCUGCUCGCCUCUGAGCGCGCGGGGGCUGCCGGCGGUGACGCGCAGACGACGACCACCUCAGGGCCGCUCAUCAAGGUUGGCGCACUUGCGCACCCGUCCAUGGUCACCAUGGAAGAUUUUGUCUCAGUCAAGGCACCCCUUAGCAUGGUGUGCGUGGAGAACGACCCGAUGUUCUCUGACGAGGUGAGGACAGCCAUGGAGGACCAUCUGUCCAAAAACAACCUCGAGCAUGAGGUUCAGGUGUACCCAGGAGUACCGCACGGUUUUGCCGUUGUUGGUGAAUACGACGAUCUCAACAUCAAGAAUGCUCAAGAAACGGCUUAUGAACAGAUGCUCAAGUGGCUCAAGGACCACUAG